UCGAGCUCGGGGAAUGUUUAGUUUAUCUCCAACGUAUCUUUUUUUUUUUUUUUUUUUUUCUUUAAUCGAAGCAUACUUGAAAGUUUCGGUUCUGGAUUUACUCAUUCAUUUAGUAAUUGAAACUCGUCCAACGGAGAGAGCAGUUGUUACGUAGCUGAAUUUGUGAAGCUUGGUUAAAUUACUAUGUCGUCGGAAAUGAUAUGCGAUUCUGGAUUCUAUGCAUUUACUUGGACCAUUAAAAACUUUAGCUUCUAUCAAGAGGAAAAAGGAUAUUUUUUUAAAAGUCCAAAAUUUACGAUUGAGACAUACGACGAAACUGAUUGGGAAUUGGACGUGUAUCCUAAUGGACAUAGUGUAGAUGGCUAUAUUGCAUGCGAUUUACGUAUGCUUUCUGAAUUAUGUUAUUGCAACUUGGUCUAUUUCGAUCGUUGCUGCUGAUGGAUUUUCACAUUUCUCGGAAGAAAGAAUAAAUCAGAAAUUUCCCAGUGACGCUUAUUCUGGCGUUGAAUGUGUUGUGAAAAGGCAAGAAAUAUUCGCAAAUAAAACUUUUUAUCUACCGAAAGAUACUUUGACUAUCCGAUGUGAAAUCAAAAGGCGACUUACUGAAAAACCACUGAUUAAAUACUGCAACAUUCGUUCUGAAGUUGGAAUUAAGCAUAUAUCUGUGCCAUGGGAUAUAAAACACUUCAGUAGUCUUCAACUAAAGCAGCCAUUGAAUUUCCCAUUAUUAUUAAAUUUAGCAAAAGAGCCUAAUUUUGAAAUCCAUGUCUAUGUGGAUGGAGAUUUUCUCGAUUCUUCGCAUGUUCAAAUUGAUAUUAAAAAAAUAAGUUUAAAAGGUAAUACUGUCGGUACAAGUUCCUGGGACAAUUACGGAUGUAGCAUAAAGAUGCGUUGUGAAGUUUCAAUAAUGGAUUCGAAAGGUAUUCCAUCGCUGACUGUAGAAGGAAUGCGUUUCUUCAAUUCUUGUGCAAAUGAUGAGUUGUGGCAUCUCCCUGAAAUCGCUAAAAGAAUUGAUCUGCGUACCAAGAAAGAUCUCUAUUUGCCAGAUGAUGUAUUAUCAUUGCGCUUCGAGUUGGCUGUAAGCAGUGGUGGUAUGCAAUCUUUACCAGCCGAGACUCGUGCUAUCUAUCCUGAGUUACAAGCCUUUCAUUGUUACAAGCCUUUCAGCACAAUGAAAAAUGACUUUAAACUGCUUUUUCAAGAGCAGAAGUUAUGCGACAUUACUCUUAAAACUGCCAGCAAGACUUUCAAAGCUCAUAAAGCAGUUCUUUCUUGCAGAUCUCCUGUAUUUAAAGCCAUGUUUGAAUGCGAUAUAGUCGAGAAUAGUUCUGGAAUUGUAAAUAUUUCUGAUAUUGAUUCUAAAAUUUUAGAACAAAUGCUCUUUUUCAUGUAUGCCGAUCAAAUAGAAGAUACUAUGGAUCCUAGAAGUGUUAUGAAGCUUUAUUGUGCAGCUGAUAAAUAUCAGAUUCAUACUUUGAAAGAAUGCUGCUAUCCAAUCCUAAAAUCUCUUAUUUCAGCUGAACAUGUAUGCGAAUUACUGCCUUUAGCAUACAAAUACCAUGACGAGACACUGAAAAUUAUCGCCAAAGCGUUCGUUUGUAAACAUCCUAGUGAAACUUUGGAAUCGGAUGGUUGGGAGAAAUUAAUGGAAGAUCACUGGAGUGGACCAGGGCAAAUACCCUUUACCACUCGGAGCCCAGAAGCAAUACUAAAGGAGACUAAAUCAACAGAUGCUGCAACUGAUGAAAAUGAUGAAUCAUCAGAUGCUGAAUCUGAUGAAAAUGACGUAACGAUGCCGAAUAAGAAACGUAAAGUGUAAAUGUUGAUUAAAGCAGGAAAAAGUUUAAUUCAUAGCUAUUAAUAGGUUAAAAAAAUAAAAGUUAUUAUUUGAGAAGUUAAAGAUAUUCAUUCUUGAAAAUAUUAGAUUCGAUUGUAUUAAAUAUAUAAUUUACAUUUAUAUUAGGUGUAUUACUACUCAUUUAGUAUUGUUUAUCUCUGUUAAUAUGUACUAUUUAUCUUCCUGUGCAGGAAAUUUUUAAGCAUUAUAAUUUUUGCUUUUUGUUGAUAAUAAUUGCCAAAAGCGGAGGACAUGAUUAGUGAUUUUAAUGUGAGGUAUAGUUCUGUUCUGCACAACAUAAGAACAUAUGUAAUAGAAAAGAGAAUUCGCUUAAAAAUAAUUUAUAUGGUAUGCAGUAUUGAUUUUACUGUUAAAUUAUUUUUUAUUAUCGCGUAUAAUACUAGAAAUUAAGAAUCCUGAUUAAUUAUAUACUGUAUUGUUUCUUAAUAAUAAUAAGUUUUGGGUAACUUUUGUACUUAUCAAAUGUUUGUAUUUAGGUAAUUUAUGUUUUUCCUAGUUUCGUGUUCUAACGUAUCGUAAUGCAUGAUUUACAGGCUAAACAAAAAAUUAGAUUAAGAUGGUUAUGUGGGAUUUUCAACUUCGAUUGUUCAGAAAAUUAAAUUCUUUACAUUUUUUAACAAUCUUACAGAUUUGAAGAGGAGAAAUGUCCUUCAUAAUGUAUAUUGUAUUUCAUUUUAUUGUAUAUGUAUUUCAUUUUAUUAUUUAAAAAUUUGUGCCAUAUUGAUGAUUUUGGGUCUAAAUACUUGAGAUUAAAUUAGUACUAAACUAUCCAAAUGUAACCAUUCUUUAAGAAAUUAUAUAUAAAAUGAGAAUGGAAAUCGUUUUAAAAUCUUCAAAAUCGAAAAUUUGUAAUUUAAUAAUAUAUUAUACAAAAUUUUUGCAGUAUUUUUUUACACUCUUGAUUAUUUUGCUUUCAAGUUGGAAUACUGCUUAUUAUAUUCGUGCCACAGGUGAUUAUUAUAUAUUAUGUAAGAAUUGGAAUUAUUUGAGUUUAAAGAUACAUUUCUGAUUAGAAAUUGCUGUUUGUAUACUGCCUCAUUUUAAUUUUGGAAAUUUGUAAUCGUCUGAACGAAAAGAAUUAAUUUAUUAGCCAAAAAGAAUGUCAUCAAUUUUAAAAUUCCGUAUUCUAAUGUUUCUUAUUUGUCAUUCUUGAAAAAAAAUUCUCUAAGGAAUAAAAAGAAAAAGGGGGAGGGGCUUAAUGUUUAACUGUUACUGAUAAAAGUUUGAUUGAUAUAGCAAUACUUAUUUAUAAUUGAUGUAUAUUCUUGCUUCAGUCUUGGUGAAGUUUUCCCUCUUCAUAGGAUUAAAAACUCAAAAAUGCCAAGAACGUUUUGUUUUUACAUCUUAAUUAUAACAUAAUGAGCAGUUCUCUUGCAUUAUAGGAAUUCUGUUCAAUGUGGUGUUUUGUAUGUGUCGUUUAAAUCUGUAUUGUCACUUUUUGCUGAUUGUUUUAGGAAAUUAUUCUUGUAAAAUUAUUUUUUAUUGCUUAUAUUCUUUUGCAAAUUCGAAUAAUAUUUAGUAGAGCGAUGCGUAUUAUAAUUUUUACUUUUGUUGAGUAUUGUUAUUGUGAGUACUACUACUUUCUUUCGUGUGUGUGUGUGUGUGUACGUACAUACUACUUUUGUUGAGUGUGUGUCGUUGUAACAUUUCUACCAAAAAAUCGGAAAAAUGCUAUACAAAUGCGCAAUUUUUUUAUGAAAAGUAAAAAUUGUAAAGGAGUAGAGUACUUAGAUUCAAAUGCCUUGCUGUACCCCAAUAAUGCCUAAAGAGCUUACAUUGUCUAUGUCUGACAAUUAUCAUAUUUUAACAAAAAAGAACGCGACCUUUUUCUUAGUUUUUGUCUACUCUAAUAAAGUAGGGGGGGGGAGAAUACUGCUAUCGAAUAUUACUAAAAUUUCAAUAUAAUAUGUUACUUGUUGCGUUAACUAUUUAAAAUUCUAAAAUGUGUAAUAUAUAUAUAUAUAUAUAUAUAUA